UAACUGUAUUGUUUUUUUGCAAUUGUAGAGUCUUGGAUAAAAAAGCUAAAACCCGGAGUAGGAGCCGUUCCCAUUCACACGGUUCCUACCACCGUCACAGAGACAGGUCCAGCAGCGGCUCCUGUUCUCGCUCACGCUCCCGUAGCCCACAGCGCAGUCGUACAAAGGAAAGACGCACCGAGAGCAGCUCCCGUAACCGCUCAGGCAGCCCACAGCGCAGUCGUACAAAGGAAAGACGCACCGAGAGCAGCUCCCUUAACCGUUCCUGCAGUCCUCGCCAUCAACAUGGCUGCAGGAGUGAGGAGAGACAAAGGAGGGGGAGGUCCCGGUCUCGUUCCUCAUCUCCAUCACACAAGUCCCGCUCUUCUCAUAAUUACCGUUCACGUUCAAGGAGCUCUGAGAGAAAAUCGAGAAGAAAACAAGAAAGACGAUCAUCAUCUGAAAGAUCAACACCCAAACGCAGGAGGUCUACCAGUACAGAGAGACUUGCAAAGAGACUGCUGGAGGCAUCAGGUGUCCAGUCUCUCUCAAACCCUUCGGAUUUGGAGGCAUUGGUAAAAUCUUUGACACCUACUUUAAUAGCUGAACUAAAUAAAGGGAAGCCAAGAUCCUCUUCGCCGUCCUCUGGGUCUACUACAGAGACAGACUCUUCGGACACUGAGGAUGAGUCCUCAUCUGAAAGGUCAGUGAAGCUCAAAGGGAUCCGAUGCUAUAACUCAUACAGUGAACUCUCCACUGCCCUGAAGUCAUUUGGGAAGAUCGAGACGAUUUUGCUACGUAGAGCUCGACAAAAGGCAAAGGUCAUUUUCAGGGAAGUGGAAGCUGCAGAGAAACUCCGGCUCGCCAAGGGCUUCGACUUGAUAGCAAACUAUAUUUCUGUGAUUCCUGCUUCCACUCCUACUAAAGAGCAGAAGACCACUCCUCCGCUAAAAUCUGCUGACGAUGAUGUCACAUCCCGAAAGAAGGAAACUGCUUCACAUUCCUUACCUCAAGAGAAAACUACAACCGGCACGAGUGGAAGGGCUGCAGAUCAGAGAGAUGACACUGAGACAAAGAUCACCAGCCUCAAAGAAGAGACGGCUUCAGCCCCAGCGGAACCUAAAACUAAAGCAGACAGUUCAGGAACCAAAGAAGCCAAAGCUGUAAAAGAUUCAGAAAGUGGGCUUUAUGCUGGGGAAGAUGUCAAUGAAGAAAAACAGGCAUCUGUAAAAGAUUCAGAAAGUGGGCUUUAUGCUGGGGAAGAUGUCAAUGAAGAAAAACAGGCAUCUGCAAUAGAUUCAGAAAGUGGGCUUUAUGCUGGGGAAGCGUUCAAUGCAGAAAAACAGGCAUCUGCAAUAGAUUCAGAAAGUGGGCUUUAUGCUGGGGAAGCGUUCAAUGCGGAAAAACUGGCAUCUGCAAUAGAUUCAGAAAGUGGGCUUUAUGCUGGGGAAGCGUUCAAUGCGGAAAAACUGGCAUCUGCAAUAGAUUCAGAAAGUGGGCUUUAUGCUGGGGAAGCGUUCAAUGCGGAAAAACUGGCAUCUGCAAUAGAUUCAGAAAGUGGGCUUUAUGCUGGGGAAGCGUUCAAUGCAGAAAAACUGGCAUCUGCAAUAGAUUCAGAAAGUGGGCUUUAUGCUGGGGAAGCGUUCAAUGCGGAAAAACUGGCAUCUGCAAUAGAUUCAGAAAGUGGGCUUUAUGCUGGGGAAGAUUUCAAUGCAGAAAGUUCUGCAGAGGAAAAAGCUGAGAAGUCCAUAAAACCCAGUGAUGCUCAGCUCUCCAGUCCAGCUGAGACCCCACCUGCUUCAUCAAAGCAGGAUCCAAACUUGCCAACUGAAGCUGAUCCUAAAGGUUCAGAAGACGUUGGCCCUGAAGAAGCUGAAAAAGACUCUUCAAAAGAUGUUCACGACACACAAGUCAUAGAUGGAGACAAUUUAAUGGAUGAGACCAUAACAGAAUCUGAAGGUCCAGAAACCGAUGCCCCAAAUGAGCUGGUUUCUAAACCUGACGGUGAACACAAACCAGAGGAAAACGUUGUUCACCAAGGGGUGGAUUCUAUGGAGGUUGGAUCAACAGCAAGAGAAGAAGAAAUCCGGGCUGAAAAAGUGGAAGAAAAAACAGACGAUUCGACAGCCUUGGGAGACCCAAGGCCCAGAAGAAGCCAGAGAACCAAGAUGUCUAAGACUGAGGAGGACCCUCCAAAGAAGUUUAUGUCAAGAGCAAAGAACAGAAAAGCAGAACAAGAGGCAGAAAAAACAGAGGAAGCUACUGCGGCUUUAGAUGCUGCUGAGAAAGAGGUGACUGAAGAAGAUGAACCUGUGAUGCAGCAGAAACCCAAGAGAGGGAGACCAAGGAAAAGCAGCAGGAACACUAGAAACCAAAAGGCUGCUUUGAAAAACAAACAGCCCUGCAGUCCAGCAGCUGUGGAAGAAGAUUUACAGGACAAUGACUCAGUGGUGGAAGAGAAGGUUAAUGAAGCUCCUGGAGGAGAGACAAACUCAGCAGAGCCUCAAAAGGACGUAGAAAAGACAGUUGAGAGAACAAGCUCUGCUAGAAAUGAGGAAGAGGAGCUUCAGGCCGUCACAUCUCUGGAUGCUCCGGUUCAGGAGAUGAAAGUGGAAGAAACUAGCAGCCUGGAGGUAGCAGGAGAUGAAUUUAGAAGAGAAACAGAUGUUCAAGAUGAAGGAGAAAACCCAGCAGAAGUGCUGGUCUCUGAGGAGCAGAGUCCGAUUCAAUCGUCUGGGGAUGCUAAAGAUGCUGAAGGAGCUUUAUCUGGUGCAGACGGGUCCAAACAGGAAGUCUUAGAGGAACCGAGUCUGAAUCCGUUAGCUGAUCCUUUAAAUCAGGAUGGACUUUAUUCUGAAGGGACAAUUCAAGACUCCUUAAAGGAAGAGAGUCUGGCUGUGUCUGACUCUAAUGUAGAGGCUUCACCUGAGGAGUCAGCUCCUCCAGAGGAACCUGCUGCAGGAGAAACCACCCCACCACCAGAAAGCAAUGAGUGGGAAAAACCUACAGCUGAUCUCAACGAAGAAAAAUGUGUCUCCUCCAUGUCUGAGAUCACAUUAGAGGUAAAUGAAGCAGGCGGAGCCGAGAACAGAGGUGACACAGAGGAAGGAGAAACUCUGAGAUCUGCUAAACGCAAACAUGAUGAGAGCACAGAUGAGGCUGCUAAUAUUGUAUCGGCAGAGGAGGAGGGAGAAGCAGAUGAAGACGAAGGUAAAAAGGAAGUUAAAACUCCCAGAGGCAGAGGUCGCCCCAGGAAGAAAGCUAGGAAGACUCCUGUGAAAAAAUCUACCAGAGGUCAAAGAGCUGAGGCUGAUCCAGAGAGAGAAGAAGAAGAAGAAAAGGAGUCUUUCUCUGCUUCACUGGAUUCUUCCUCUGCUUUGGAUAAAGACUCGUCUGCCUCUUCAGGCGCCGUCCAGACAGAGACCCAGCAGACUGUGGAGGAAACAGACGGUUCUUUGGUCUGUGCUGAACAGCAGCUCCAGUUUGAGGAUCCUGAUGGAGAGAAACAGGAGGAAGGUUUGAAGGAGGAGAGAGAAGGACCUGAAAUUAAAGGUUCAGAAGACAUUGGGCCAGAAGAAGCUGAAAAAGACUCCUCAAAAGAUGUUCACGAUGGUGAAAGCAUGGAAACAGAAAGUUCUGAAGAUGAAAAAGCUGAGAAUUCCAUAAAACCCAGUGAUGCUCAGCCCUCCAGUCCAGCUGAGAUCCCACCUGCUUCAUGGAAGCAGGAUCCAAACCUCCCAACUGAAGCUGAUCCUAAAGACUCGUCUGCCUCUUCAGGCGCCGUCCAGACAGAGACCCAGCAGACUGUGGAGGAAACAGACGGUUCUUUGGUCUGUGCUGAACAGCAGCUCCAGUUUGAGGAUCCUGAUGGAGAGAAACAGGAGGAAGGUUUGAAGGAGGAGAGAGAAGGACCUGAAAUUAAAGGUUCAGAAGAUGUUGGCCCUGAAGAAGCUGAAAAAGACUCUUCAAACGAUGUUCACGACGGUGAGAACAUGGAAACAGAAAGUUCUGCUGAGAAUUCCAUAAAACCCAGUGAUGCUCAGCCCUCCAGUCCAGCUGAGACCCCACCUGCUUCAUGGAAGCAGGAUCCAAACCUCCCAACUGAAGCUGAUCCUAAAGGCGCCGUCCAGCCAGAGACCCAGCAGACUGUGGAGGAAACAGAUGGUUCUUUGGUCUGUGCUGAACAGCAGCUCCAGUUUGAGGAUCCUGAUGGAGAGAAACAGGAGGAAGGUUUGAAGGAGGAGAGAAAAGGACCUGAAAUUAAAGGUUCAGAAGACGUUGGGCCAGAAGAAGCCGAAAAAUACUCUUCAAAAGAUGUUCACGAUGGUGAGAGUAUGGAAACAGAAAUUUCUGCUGAGAAGUCCAUAAAACCCAGUGAUGCUCAGCUCUCCAGUCCAGCUGAGACCCCACCUGCUUCAUCAAAGCAGGAUCCAAUCCUCCCAACUGAAGCUGAUCCUAAAGUGAAAAAAUCUACCGGAGGUCAAAGAGCUGAGGCUGAACCAGAGAGAGAAGAAGAAGAAGAAGAAAAGGAGUCUUUCUCUGCUUCCCUGGAUUCUUCCUCUGCUUUGGAUAAAGACUCGUCUGCCUCUUCAGGCGCCGUCCAGCCAGAGACCCAGCAGACUGUGGAGGAAACAGACGGUUCUUUGGUCUGGGCUGAACAGCAGCUCCAGUUUGAGGAUCCUGAUGGAGAGAAACAGGAGGAAGGUUUGAAGGAGGAGAGAGAAGGAUCCGAAAUUAAAGGUUCAGAAGAUGUUGGCCCUGAAGAAGCUGAAAAAGACUCUUCAAACGAUGUUCACGACGGAACAGACGGUUCUUUGGUCUGUGAUGAACAGCAGCUCCAGUUUGAGGAUCCUGAUGGAGAGAAACAGGAGGAAGGUUUGAAGGAGGAGAGAGAAGGACCUGAAGGCGCUGAGAUUAAAGCAGAGAGCAAACAGAGAAGGGAGCCGGCCGGACCUGAAGCAAAGAGAUCUAGAUCUGUCUCUCCAACUGUUGCUGAUAACUUCAGGCUGCCUCCAUUUGACCCCGAUCUUCCUCUUGGUCAGGAGUUCACUGUGCAGAAACUGGCACGUUUCUGUCAACUGUGCUCGGUUUUCUACCUGAAUGAGAAUGAGGAUAAAGACCUGCACUGCUGCAGUGAGGCACACUAUAACAAUCUGCAGAAAUAUUACCAGGAGCUUCAGCAGAACUCUACCAGAUCCUGUGAAGAAAACUCCCAUGGUUUGGUUUCUGAAUGAACUGGAUAAAAAACACGAUUUAAAGUACUUGGUUAAAGACGUCCCUGGAUGAAAAACACUGCUUAGAGAGAUUAAGGAAACAGAUCCGCUGAUUAAACUAGUCAAUUUCAAUAUA